AUGACCAAGUCAAAGACUCCCAUCAUGGAUCUAGAGACCGACGAGGAUGGCUGGAUCGGCGGCUCCAGCCAGAGCAUCUACGCCCCCAAGUCACAGCCCGCCACUGACACGCAUGCAUCGCCUCCUCCAGCCUCCAAAUCCAAAACCAAGCGCUCACCCGUCACACCAGCACGCCAAAAGGAUCCCUCCGCCUCCGAUUCCAAUCCUCGCUCGCUGCUGGAGCGCAUCGAUAUGGCGCAGACUCUCCAAACGCCUCCGCCCAAACCACGCCCAGGCCAGAUCAGCGCAGACGCCUCGGCAUCCUCGCCCUCACCUUCCCCCGCUGCCACAUCGCCCUUCCGCACCACCCCUUCCCAAGGCAUCCGUCGUCCCGGCGCAAAGAUCCCCUCGCCUCUGCCGCUCACCAGCCCGGCUCGCAACAACCCUCCCGCCUCGCCCCACAAUACACGCACCCCACUCAGCGCUUCCCACCCCAUCCCAGAAACGCCCCUCAAGCUCUCCCAGCGCGGCGGCCCGCAAACGCCCGCCACUCCGCACUAUCCGGCCUAUCAGCAUUCCUCGCAUACAUCCAGCGAUGGUGACGCCUCACGCGCCAGCGGUCUCGGUCUCGGCCUCACGCCCCUCAAGGGCUCCGUCCCUCUCGCACCAAGCCCCGACGCCAUGCGCAGCCCGCUCAACGACGCCGUCCACCUCCGCGGCAGGGCAGCCUCCAACGCCUCCAUCGGUUCGCCCUUGAAGCAGGGCCGUACCGACCUCCAUGGCGAGCCUCUCGCUCUCGGCUCCUCCUUCGGCAAAGCCGGCGCACAGGGCAACGGUCAGAUCGACGCCAUGCUCGAUCGCCUGCGCAGCACCCGUUCAGGCCUCGGUACCAGCGCCAGCAUGUGGGCGCCCAAGCCCGCCUCCGCUGCCAGUAGCAACGACAACACUGCAUCCACCUCUACCACCUCGCACACCAUCGGCUCGGGCUUCUCGUCCAGCAACCUCCUCGGCGUGCAGACGGGUCUCGACCGCAAGCGUCCCGGUCACCGCCCCAAUGGCCUGCAGCUCAGCCUCGGCCAGGAGAUCAGCGUCAUGCAGGAGCUCGAGGAAAAAGCAGAGGAAGACUAUGCGCCUUCCACGCUCUCCUCGGCCACCGUGGGCGAGACAUUCAAGAUCGACCCUCCGCAAGACGACGCCGAUGCCACCGGCAACGAUGGCUGGUACGGCAGCGUCGUUCCGCCCACGCCCGUGCUCGGGUGCGACUCGCCGUCGUCGGAUGACGACAAUGCGGCCAGCAAGCCGCCCUCGCGCAGUCUCGAUGCGUUCGGAUGGGGCACCCACUCGAGAGACGCGAGCAAAGGCUCGCUCUUCUCGAACCUCCCCUCCUCCUCUACGCUCGAGGCCAACUGGAGCGGCGACGACGACGACGAUCGCAAGGACGACGUCGAAGUCUUUGAGGACAUGCAGCGCGCCGCCAAGGCCGCGAGCAAAGACAAGCGCUCCCACCAUUCGCCUUUGCCUCCACCGCCGAUCAACUUUGCCAAGUCGCGUACGCCGUCGCCGACGCACCGCAUGCUCGCCAAGUCGCCACAGCUCGAUGCAUCGCCUGCACUCUCGGCGGCCGACAAGCUGCCGAGCCAGCGCCUGUCGCCUGCGUCGGCGCGCUCGCCGCUGCCCGCGCUCGAUUCGGACGGCGAUGCAGACGCCGAAACCGACAAGCCGCGAGGCGGCAAGAAGGAGCGCAAACCGGCCAAGAAGCCCGUCGUGGCGCUGCCCGAGUCGGCAACCGAGUCGGCGCCCGCGAGUGGCGGGCUGGAGAAGAAGCGCUCGCUCAAGCGCGACAAGUCCGAACGCAUCCGUGGCAGGAGGUCGAGCUCGAGCAAGGAAAAGGACGUCGACCACGUCAAGAUGACCGCGGCAACCACCAAGACCGAGGCGAGCGCCGACGAGCUGGUCAAGGGUAUCGCAACCGUUGAUCUGGACGCAAACGCACGCGGCUCGACGCCGUCGAAACCUGAUGCCGCUUCCACGUCGGCGGUCGAGCAGCCGACGCCAGUAGCGCAGCGCGUCCAGAGCAUCCCCGAGGUGAAGAACGACCUCUUUUCGUCGCCGGCCGUGCCGAAAGUGGGGCUGCCAUCCUCGGCGGCCAAGGAGUCCGCGCACGAGGACGUCGAGACAAGCACCGAGGCACGAGCUGAACCAACGCAAGCCGCAGAAACGGCGUCAGAGGCGUCGGCCAAGGUGGAGGAAGCGUCGACGCCUGCGCCGAGCCACAUUGACUGGGCCGAGGAUGACGACGAGGACGAGCUGCCGGAUCUCGACGACUGGGGCGUCACACUCACGCCUGCCAAACCCGCGCCCGCGCCGGAACCCAAACCGGCUGCAUCCAAGGACACCGGACGCGCCAGCAAGCCGCCUAAGAAGGAUGAGCCGGCGUGGCGUCGUGCCGACCCUCCUCGUGGCAAGUCCAAGCCACCGCCCAAGGCCGAGGGUGGACCGCUGGGGAUUCGGAUUGCAGGUCGGGCCAAGGAGGCGAGUCUCUCGCCCGAGCCGCCAUCCAGGGGCAAAAAGGCGAGUCCGGCACUGAGGAGCGAAGAGAUGCCGCCGCCCGCAGCCACGCCGUAUGGACGAUGGAAGCAGCCCGCCGCGCCCAAAGACAAAGCGGCGGGUCGACCCAGGAUUGCAGCUGAUCUCGGCGCACUUGCUAAGCUGAUUGCUCCCGACGAAGCUGUGAAGCCACCGCCGCCGUCGGGCGGACGCGAUGCAAAGAAGGACGAUACGGCCGCAAAGAAGGUGCAGGUCGACGCGAAGACGCCCAGUGUGGCCGAUUCCAUGCAUGCGCCCAAAUCGCGCUCGCAGCCCUCGCAGGGUGCGGCCAAGAAGAAGCACGCGGCGAAAAAGUAG